AUGCGCCUCAACGGCUCUGCGCCGGUUCCCCGGGGCGCGCCGGGCGCCAAACCCUUCCUGCUGCCGCCCUCGGGGCUGGAGGCGGCGCUCCUAGCCCCAGGCUUCGGUAACGGCACGGGCAACGAGUCGGAGCACCUGCGAGCGGCGCCCAGCAGCGACCUGGACGUGAACACGGACAUCUACUCCAAGGUGCUGGUAACGGUGGUGUACCUGGCGCUCUUCGUGGUGGGCACGGUGGGCAACUCGGUGACGGCAUUCACGCUGGGGCGCAAGAAGUCGCUGCAGAACCUGCAGAGCACCGUGCACUUCCACCUGGGCAGCCUGGCGCUGUCCGACCUGCUCAUCCUGCUGCUGGCCAUGCCCGUGGAGCUGUACAACUUCAUCUGGGUGCACCACCCCUGGGCCUUCGGCGACGCCGUCUGUCGCGGGUACUAUUUCCUGAGGGACGCCUGCACCUACGCCACCGCCUUCAACGUGGCCAGCCUCAGUGUGGAGCGCUACCUGGCCAUCUGCCACCCUUUCAGGGCCAAGACCCUCAUGUCUCGCAGCCGCACCAAGAAGUUCAUCAGUGCCAUCUGGCUCGCCUCGGGCCUGUUGGCUGUGCCCAUGCCCUUCACCAUGGGCCAGCAGAACCGCAGUGCUGACGGCCAUCACCCCGGCGGCCUGGUGUGCACGCCCGUAGUGGGCACCGCCACGAUCAAGGUCGUCAUCCAGAUCAAUACCUUCAUGUCCUUUGUGUUCCCCAUGGUGGUCAUCUCCAUCCUGAACACCAUCAUUGCCAACAAGCUGAACAUCAUGGUCCGCCAGGCAGCUGAGCAGGGCCAGGUGUGCACGGUUGGGGACCAGCACAGCUCAUUCAGCAUGUCCAUCGAGCCUGGCAGGGUCCAAGCCCUGCGGCAUGGUGUCCGGGUCUUACGGGCUGUGGUCAUCGCCUUCGUGGUCUGCUGGCUGCCCUACCACGUGCGGCGCCUCAUGUUCUGCUACAUUUCCGAUAAGCAGUGGACCCCAUUCCUGUACGACUUCUACCACUACUUGUACAUGCUGACCAACACGCUCUUCUAUGUCAGCUCCACCAUCAACCCCAUCCUCUACAACCUGGUCUCCGCCAACUUCCGCCAGGCCUUUCUGUCCACCCUGGCCGGCCUCUGUCCCUUGUGGGGGCGCAGGAGGGAGAGGCCGGCCUUCUCCAGGAAGACCAACAGCGUGUCCAGCAACCACACCUUCUCCAGCAACGUCACUCGGGAGACACUGUAUUAGAGCCGGGCGGGGCCCCGAGGAGGGGGCGGCGCCGCUUGGCCUCCACCCCCCCCCUGCGGCCCCCCCAGCCCCGGGGCAGGAAUGGGGCUCCGCAGAGGCCUCGGACCUGGCGCCCACCCCCAGGGGCCCCCAUUUCUCUCAGCGUCUCCCUCAGCCCGCCCCACCCCUCCCUCGGGGCCUCUUUGAAAGCCGGGGAGAGAUUGCUCCUCUCCCGAUCCAGAAAGGGCCUUUAAUGAGGAGAAAUGAGUGGUGGGUGAAAGGCAGACUUCUUUGUUCCCACACCACUGGUGUUCAGAGAGGACAGAAAUGAAAGGCACAGGCCUGGCUGGGCGGUCAAGGGGAGGCGGGGGGGGCCCCGAGAGGCGGGGGCGCUGGGCGGAGUCCGCUGGCGGGGCCCUCGAGGGCAUCCAGCCUCCCGGGAAGCUUUGAUGUGCCCCGAAGGACAGCCCGGGGGUCGGCUGGGUCAGGCACCGGCCAGACCCAGGCCUCUCCCUCCUCCUCGCGCCAAGACGACCAGGCUCUGCAGGGACGCCGGCCACCGGGGGCUUGGCCGGGAGGUCCUCGUGCUUGGCAGAGGCCAGGCCAGCGGAGUCCUGCGUCCUCACACCCACCCAGCGGCCCAAGCCAGGCCGGGGACGUCCCCGUGGGCACUCUCGCUCCCGCUGCGCGGCUGAGCUUCCUGAUGAGAAGGGGGGGCUCCCUGAAGGGCAGAGGCGAUGGCCGGGUCCCACAGAGGUGCCAUUUGCAGGGACUCAGCCACAGGUGAGGAGGAGGAGCCUGGGCGCAGGCAGCCCGCAGGUCGUAGGUCACACUGAGCCCUGGGCACCCAGAAAGGCAGGCGCCUCCUUGAUCUGUAAGAGCCGGUCUCCAGACAGGAUGGCCUGUCCUGGUCUUGGCCCUAGAAGGUCCCCUGAGCCAGGGGAAGCAGAUCCCAGAUGAGCUGCCCUGGAUAAGCUGACUGGGAGUGGCAGAAGGGCCCGGAAAAUGAAAUGCAAGGUUUUUUUAACGUAGGUUCUCACCGUCCUGAAGGGAGACUGUCAGACAGGCCGACGGCUGUGAGCCGCACUGACUCUCGACGCAGGAGGCCUGGUCUGAGUCCCAGGGCACCAGGACUCGAUCCCGCACCCAUAAAAAUGACAAGUUGGAGAGUCCAGUCUCCACGGUGGCUUUGGGUCAGGGCCCCCUACGUGAACCCCACAGGAUCAUUC